AUGCCUCGCGAUAGUUCGCCCAAGUCUGUCAGCACACAAUACAGUGGCAAUGACGCGCUUUCCGAUAAUUCACAACCGCGCUCUAUGACUUCAAUGUCCGGCGUGAAGCAACGUCUGCAUGAGAUUCGGAAGAAAUGGGGUCCCCUGAUGGCGGCCAAGGAGCACUUGGAUGAUGAAUACACCUUUCCUCCGGGUCGCUAUGCCGGGCAGGGUAGAUACUAG